GCUGCUGCCUCCGUCCUUCUCCUCGCGUGGAUGUGCUCUUUGCUCUGCUAGAACUGCAGCAUCCGGCCCCAUCGCCAGUCAGGACACCCACUUCCCCCCGCAAGAGUCUUUGCGCCCACCCACACCUGCCCACGCCCUUCUCCCCCGCCCCCACCUCGCGCCUGCCGGGUGUCGUCGGCUGGAGUCAGCUGUUCCUUGAUGUCAGCACCUGCCACACGGAGGCAGAGCCGCGAGGCGAGGGUCCACCUUGCUUGCUCUGGGCUCCAGGAUCGCAGACUGCGUGCGCCAGCCUUCCCGCUGCCGGCUGCCUCCUCACCUUCUGCAGAGAAACCUGGACCCGCAGGCGCGCUGCCAGUGCCGCCCCCCCCCCCCCCCGCGCCAAUGCCUGGCGAGGCUCCCAAACAGCUUUCCCCGGUCGUGGCUGACGUAGCAGCCUGUUGUGAGGCGGGCAGCAGAUAGAAAGCCCACCUCCGGGUCUCCGGCCUCAGGAAGAUCGCCUCUAAUUUUUGUGAGAUCCGACCGCUCCUUUCCGUUGCGAGCCUGAUUUGGGGAAGGGACGCAAAGGACUCCGCCUCUCCGAAGAACUUCUCUGCAGUGUUCUCAUCAGAACAUCUCUUUUGCUCUGCCAAGCGCUCCUACGGUGGGCUCGGCUUUCCCCGGCAACUUGAGGCGAUCCCACCUGCAGGAGAGGGAUGCUGGCCACCAAGUAGAACUCCAAAGCCCAACAAGGGGCGGACGGACUUGGGCUGCCUCUGGGGGCACACAGCGACGGGGAGAAAUGGUCAUGGAGAACUGUUCCGGGGCUUCUUUCCCGAGGAAUUCCUCUGACUUCCCCGCCAGGAACCGAUCAAGUGCUUGCUUGUGCCAUGUAACCUUGCGGGGAUGCUCAAAUUCAGCUUCCUGCUUUCCAGCUUUUCCCAACGCACAUAGCAAACCGUUGAUCCUUCUAGCUCAGUAUUGUCUACUCUGACAGUUCUCCGUUGUUUCAAGCAGGAAUCUUCACCCAGCCCUAUCUGGAGACGCCGGGUUGAACCUGCGACUGUCUACAUGCAAAUCAGAUGUUUUACCAUUGAGCUACGGCUCCAGCCCCAGGGAAGGAGAGGGUGGCACACCCGGACAGCCUUCCCCUUCGUAACACCGCCCCCCCCCACCGCCGAGCAGUGGUGGAAAGACCAGCUCCGUACACCAAUGUGAUCAUGCCUAGCCUGUUUGGCAUAAUUUGUUUCCUGGGCAUCGUUGGAAACCUCAUUGUGAUCUAUACUAUUAUCAAGAAGAAGAAGCUGAGGUGCAAACAGACAGUGCCCGACAUCUUCAUUUUCAACCUCUCCAUUGUGGACCUCCUCUUCCUGCUGGGCAUGCCCUUCCUCAUCCACCAGCUCCUUGGCAAUGGUGCCUGGUACUUUGGAGCUCCAUUAUGCACCAUCAUCACUGCUCUGGACACCAACAGCCAGAUCACCAGCACCAAUAUCCUGACAGUCAUGACCUUAGACCGUUACCUGGCCACUGUCUACCCUCUGAAGUCCACCUAUGUCCGUACACCUUGUGUGGCCGCUUUGGUGAUUGGCCUGGUGUGGCUCCUGUCUUUCCUGACCAUCAUCCCUGUCUGGAUGUAUGCAGGGCUGAUGCCUCUGGAGGAUGGGACCUUCUGCUGUGCCCUUUUGCUUCCCAACCCUAAGACGGAUAUCUACUGGUUCACCAUUUAUCAGUUCAUGCUGGCUUUUGCUAUUCCGCUCUUCAUCAUCUGUGUGGUCUACUUCAAGAUCCUCCAGCACAUGGCUACCACUGUAGUGCCCCUACCUCAGAGAAAUCUCCGCAUGCGUACCAAGAAGGUCACCCGAAUGGCAGUUGCCAUCUGUUCUGCCUUUUUUAUUUGCUGGGCACCCUUCUAUAUCCUUCAACUGGUGCAUCUUGGAAUAGAGACCCCUUCGGUGGCCUUCUUCUAUGCUUACAACUUUGCCAUCAGCUUGGGCUAUGCCAACAGCUGCCUCAAUCCUUUCCUCUACAUUGUCCUGAGUGAGACCUUCAAGCGUCAGUUCAUGGUGGCUAUCCGUCCAGCUAAGGAGCAGUUUCGGGUCAACAACAACAACCACAGCACAACAGAGGCCAGUGUUUGCUUGAAGCUUGCGCCAGAGUCCACCCAACAGAGUCAGUUUCUGGAGAACUUUUCACCUCACUCACUGCCUGUGACAGUUGCUGUUCACUAGCUGCCAUUCCCUGGGGGCUCUAUUACCCUGCCAUUGCAAGAUCAUCAUUGUUUUCCUCCAGUGUACUGCAGUGUAUGCUGAGUCCAUGGACUCACUGGAGACAGCAGUGCCAUUAGUCCGAAUGGGGUAUCAAUGGAGGCCUUAAAUGCACAAAUGCUAGAUUAUGGCUUCUUCUGAUAUAUGGUGAGAGGUUGCAAGCAUUGCAGAGCACACGGGGCAGCACAUAAAACCAAGCAAUCCAGUUUACAACAGACACCAAAAGCCUGCUGAAGUAAUGAUGAAGCAAGCUACCAUGCCACUGGGAUACAAAGUGUUCCAACAGACAAGGGUACAUACAUAACAGGCAUGACAGAUGGAAAAUGACAGCCUCCUGGCUUCUAUUGAGCUAACAAGCUUCUGCCUAGUGCAGGAUAACACUUGCAGAAAGACUAUUGCAUCCAAAUUGAAAUUAAGCAGCCAAGCACGGAAUAAAACAAGUGGAGAUGAAUGACUCCGCUACUUGUGUGCCUAUGACACUAUGAGCCACAAACAAGCAAUGCAACACCUCCCAUGGUAUCCAUUGUUUGGAGACAUGCCAAACCAAGGCCUUGGGCAAGCCUAAUGAAAGACUGGGAUGCUCAAGGAGAAGAAGAAGCACUAGGACUCAAACUAGUACCAGUCAUUCCUACUCACGGUCACUCAUCAGCAUCUGUAGUCACUCUCUAUGAAGCUCAUGGAGAGCAGGCUUCCCGUUAAGAAUUUCAUUAGGACUUGGGUCAAAGUUGUGACCAAUCUGUGACAGCGGUGGCUGCUGCUGCUUACUCUCAGCCACUUUCCCCUACAUGGAGAUGCAGCGUCUGCUGAUGCUUGCCAUUUAUGCAGCUGUUACAGACCUACAGAGCCUGUGCCCAUUAAAAAACACACAGUGAACAUAAGAAGAUAAGAACAGCCCUGCUGGAUCAGGCCCAAGGCCCAUCUAGUCCAGCAUCCUGUUUCACCCAGUGGCCCACCAGAUGCCGCUGGAAGCCACAGGCAGGAGUUGAGGGCAUGCCCUCUCUCCUGCUGUUACUCCCCUGCAACUGAUACUCAGAGGCAUGCUGCCUCUGAUGCAGGAGGUGGCCUAUAGCCCUCCGACUAGUAGCUGUUGAUCGACCUCUCCUCCAUGAUGUUAUCCAAGCCCCUCUUAAAGCUAUCCAGAUUGUUGGCUAUCACCACAUUUUGUGGCAGAGAAUUCCACAAGUCGAUUAUGUGUUGUGUGGAAAAAAAUACUUUUGUUUGCUGGUCCUAAAUUUAGUGGCAAUCAAUUUCAUGGGAUGACCCCUGGUUCUACUGUUAUGUGUGAGAGAGAGGAAUUUCUCUCUGUCCACUUUCUCCACGCCAUGCAUGAUUUUAUAGACCUCUAUCAUGUCUCCCUGCAGUUGUCUUUUUUCUAAACUAAAUAGCCCCAGGUGUUGUAGCCUUGCCUCAUCAGAAAGGUGCUCUAGGCCCCUGAUCAUCUUGGUUGCCCUCUUCUGCACCUUUCCCAGUUCUACAAUGUCCUUUUUUAGAUGUGGUGACCAGGAUUGUACACAGUACUCGAGGUGUGGCUGCACCAUAUUUUGUAUAAGGGUAUUAUAAUAUUAGCUGUUUUAUUUUCAAUCCCCUUCCUAAUAAUCCCUAGCAUGGAAUUGGCCUUUUUCACAGCUUGCACAUUGAGUUGACACUUUCAACGAGCUGUCCUCCAUGACCCCAAGAUCCAUCUCCUGGUCAGUUAGCAACAGCUUAGAUCCCAUCAGAGUAUACUUGAAGUUGGGGUUUUUCAUCCCAAUGUGCAUCACUUUACACUUGCCAACACUGAAGCGCAUUUGCCAUUUUGUCGCCCUCUCCCCCAGUUUGGAGAGAUCCUUUUGGAGCUCCUCACAAUCUGUUUUGGAUUUCACUACCCAAAAGAGUUUGGUAUCAUCUGCAAAUUUGGCUACCUUGCUGCUACCCCUACUUCUAGAUCAUUUAUGAAUAUAUUAAAAAGCACCAGUCCCAGUACAGAUCCCUAGGGGACCUCACUCCUUACUUCCCUCCAUUAUGAAAACUCUCCAUUUAUCCCUACCCUCUGUUUCCUGUCCUCCAUGAGUUAGCAAUCCACACAUGUAAUUGUCCACUUAUCCCAUGACUGCUAAGUUUUCUCAGGAGUCUUUGAUGAGGAAAUUUGUCAAAAGCUUUUUGGAAGUCCAGGUAUACUAUGUCAGCUGGAUCACCUUGAUCUACACACCUGUUGACACUCUCAAAGAACUUUAAAAGGUUGAUGAGGCAAGAUUUACCUGUGCAGAAGCCAUGCUGGUUCACUCCCAGCAGGGCCUGUUCUUCUAUGUGCUUUACAGUUUUAUGCUUGGGGAUGCUUUCCAUCAAUUUGCCUGGAAUGGACGUUAAACUAACCGGCCUGUAAUUUCCUGGAUCGCCCCGGAUCCCUUUUUGAAAACCGGUGUUACAUUGGCUACUUCCAGACCUUCGGUACGGAGGAUGAUUGCAGGGAUAAAUUAUAUAUUUUAGCAAGGAGGUUGGCGAUUUCACUUUUGAGUUCUUUGAGGACUCUUGGAUGCAUGCUAUCUGGCCCUGGUGAUUUGCUAGUUUUCACUUUAGAACAUAAUCUCUUGUCACUGCUAUCUGACUCAGUUCUUUAGCCUCCAUCCCCAAAAAGCCUGUUUCAGGAACAGGUAUAUGCUCAGUAUCCUCUGCCGUGAAGACAGAUGCAAAGAACUCAUUGAGCUUAUCUGCAACUUCCAUAUUCUCCUUAAUAAUCCAUUUCACUCCCUCAUUAUCCAAAGGUCCAACCACCUCCCUGGCAGGAUUCCUGCAUCUAAUGUAUUUAAGGAAGUUUUUGUUAUUCCCCUUGAUGCUUUGAGCUAAAUGUUCCUCAAACUCUCUUUUUGCCUCCCUUAUUGUCACCUUGCAUUUCUUUUGCCAGAGUUUGUGUUCCUUUCUGUUCUCUUCAUUUGGACAGAGGCCUUCCAGUUUUGGAAAGAAGUCUUCUUCCCUUUUAUGGCUUCCUUGAUGGUACCUGUUAACCAUGCUGGCAUCCUCCUGGACUUAGUGGUACCUUUCCUUCUUUUGGGUAUACAAUCUAACUGGGUUUCUAGUAUUGUGGUUUUGAGUAAACUUCAUGAAUUCUGGAGCAAAGUGACUCUCCUGAUUUUCCUUUUCAGCUUUCUUUUCCUCAUUUGGGGGGAGUUUUCUCUUCUGAAAUUCAAAGCGUCUGUGUUAGACUUCCUUGGUGAUUCUCUCCCAACAUGUAUGCCGAAUUUGAUGGCACUAUGGUCACUGUUCCCUAAAGGGUCGAUGACACUGACAUCUCACACCAGGUCCUGGGUGCCACUCAGGCAUAGGCAGAACUAGGGGGGGGGGCAGACAGGGCACGUGCCCUAGGCACCACUGGGGGGGGCGCCAUGCCAGUUCUUGCCACCCCCACCCCAUUGCCCACCUGUCCAGCCCCAGGGCCCCUCAGCCACUUGCCUCCAGCUCCGGCCUAGGAUCAGCGAGGCCUAGAUUGGAGCAGACCCUCCCUGCAGCAGACCAGACCAUCCAGCACAGCUUUUGCCAGGUAGGCUGUGAAUUCCUUUUUGUGGUUACCCCCAUAUAUAGGGAUCUGCUUGCCAUAGGGCUUUGAUAUGGGUGGUGGGGCAAGACUGAGAAGUCUCUGAAUAUUUAAUUUAAAACAGACUGAAAAAUGUGCUGGCUUUAAAAACAAAAAUUAUCUUAAAAGGCCUAUAAGUGGCUUGUUUCAUGUCAGAAAAUUACAAAAACUUCUGGAACAAAUAUUUAUUUAUUUAUUUAUUUAUUUAUUUAUUUAUUCAUUCAUUCAUUCAUUCAUAAAUGCACUUAUGUUCAAGUUGUUUUGCAACUCAGAAGAUCUGAGUGAGAACUGUGAAGCAUGUGUUGUGCUUUUAUUUUAUUUUAUUUUUCUUGUGUGUGAACUGCUCUCCAAUAACUUGCAGGGACUUCAGAGUAAAUCUGGCCAACAUGUGAAUGCAGCACCUCCAUUCCAGAGGAGAUGUGUGUUAAAGGGCUUUAAAAGCCUGGUGUGAAAAACCUCCUGGAAUAAAACUUUACUGAAUUUGUUCAGAAUUCUGAGAAAACAAACAUAGGCUCACUCUGCAUGGUUGAAAGUCUCCUUUGCUAAUCUGCAGCAAGGGGGGCAUUUUAAUUAUUAGCAUUGCUAGUGUGUUCUGGGCAUUAAAAGUAGCACAGAUAUAUAGUACUCAAUGUAUAUCACUAUAUACUGUGAAGUGUGCGUGUGUGUAUUCAGUGAAAUAUAUUUCCAGGCAGCAUACUUAUUUUGAAAUAUCAGACGGAAAUCCUUGGGGGCCUGGGGUGUGUGGAGGCCCUGGACUUUGAGGGGCUGGGGGCCCAUUUUAAAAUCUCAUCUUGGCCCAUUCCAACCUUGCUAUGCCCCUGGCGGUCACUACACAUGGGUUUCUGCACAACACCUGCACAGAAGAAACUUCCAUGUAGAAAAUGUGUCUCUUGUAAAUUGACUGUGAAUUUUCCAUCCAUGACUGGGAUAUUUGAGAGUUAGAGUCAAUAAUAAAAGAACAGCACACGGCUUGUGACAGGAAGGGGCAAAUUACAAUGAUUUCUUAGUAUGGCAGGGGCUGGUUUUGGCCCUGGCAGAACUUGACUGUCUUGCUCCUGUUUCAACUGCCUCUGUCUAGUGUGGCAAACUAAUGUAUCCUCCUACCUCUUGAUGUCAAAGUAAGCACUGGUGUGGUGAAUGCACAUAUACCCCAUCAUGAGCCAACAGUCAUCAUAAGACAAAGGCUGGCAGGAAUCAUUUACGCCCCCCCCCCUUCUUCCCCUAUUUUGCUAGUGGCUAUUUGGGCAGGUGAUUCUCUAGGACAAAGUCAUGUUUUUUAAAAAAAGAAUGAGAUGAGACAGAGAAAAUGACACUUGGAAUCCUCGCAUAACUCCUGACUGUUGUUCUAGGUCUUUUACAGAGAUGGCUCAUGUUUUCAGGUUUUGAUCAACAACCAUGUCUAGAUGGUACAGUGUUCCUUUUAACAAGGAUUUCCAAAUAUUGUUGACUACAAGUCCCAUCAUUCCUGUUUGGACAGGGGCGCAAUUUCAGUGCUUGCCCUAGGCGAUAUUUUCCCUAGUUACGCCUCUGCACUCAGGAUUAAGUCCAAGGUCGCCUUCUCUCUGGUUGGUUCCAAGACCAACUAUUCUAGGGCAUAAUCAUUCAGCAUAUCUAGAAAUUUGACCUCUCUGUCAUUACCUGACUGUGAAUUGACCCAGUCUAUGUGUGGCUAAUUGAAAUCACUCAUUAUUACUGCUGUAGGUCAGUGGCAGAGCUCAUGCUUUGAUUGCAGAAAGUCCCAGGUUCAGUCCCUGGCAUCUCCAGUUAAAAGGAGCUUCUAGCAGGACUGGGAAAGCCCCCUGCUGGAGAGCUGCUUCCAGCUGGGAUAUAAACAAUGCUAUCAGGUCUAACUCUGUAUAUUAUAAGCUCAGCUAGUUGUUUUUGGACUACAACUCCCAUAAUCCCCACACACAGUGGCCAAUAGUCAGGGAUUAUGGGAGUUGUAGGCCAACACUUGCAGAAGGGCUGAAGUUGAGCAGCCCUGUUGUAAGGCACAUACUGAGUUUAUGGCAACCUUGGUGGCAACCCUAUUACCUGCUGUAUAUAUUGAUGAAAAAGCAUUGGCAUGUAUAUAGUGUGGGUGGCCAGUUUUCAAACAUAGGGCUCCUAUAAAUAACUGUGGAGGAGUGGGAGAGGAAGGGAGGGCAUGUUACAAGAUUCAUGUGGCCCCAAGAAAUGAUGCUUAAGCACUUAACUUUCAUUUUUAGUUAAACUGUGUAGCUGGUACAGGAAAGGGAGCUGUCACCUGGAAGCAACCUAAAAAGAGAUUUGGGUUUGAUAUCUGUUUAAUUGCAUAUGUGGACAUGCAGUCUCAGGUGGAUGUGGACAACUCAACCAAGACAGCUGCAGCAAAAAGAAUCAAACACGUUCCCAGUAGGGUGUGAUCCCGCACUCACUGCCAGCUCUCCAGAUGGACAUGGACAUAACUUAUGAGGAAGGGGAUUUGGGGACUGUGCUGAAGUCUCUUUUCCUUCUGAGCAGUAUUCAGGACUAAUGGAGAAGCCAAGAACUAAGCAAAUACAGGAAAAUAGUGUUCAGUUCUGUAAACAUGUGUUAAAUGUUGUCUGCUGAUGUAACAUGGCGCAAAUGGGAAUUUGCCUGAGUGAUUUAUGUUUUGAAUAUGCUAAAAAUAAAGGUAUUUAGACAUUUCA